AAAGAAAACUGUUGAGUAUUGUCUGCUACCUUCGAAAUGGCAGAACGUGGGACAGUCACAAAACGUUCUCGUCUCGGUAAAAAUAAGAAAAAGGCGUGGAGAAAAGUUGAUAUUAAUGAUGUAGAGGAAGCUUUAGAAGACGAGAGACUACAGGAAAGAACCGGAGGACUGCUUGAGAAGAAGGAAGAUGCUUCUUUGUUUUAUGUGGAUAAGAGUGUGUCACUGCUGGAUGUUGAUAAGCCAAAACAGUCUAACAAACGCAAAGCUCAAGAAAAGCUGAAAGAAAUAGAAGUUGCAUUACAGCCACCACCCCCAAAAAGGAAGGACAAGCGUGCUCGUGCUGUGAUUGACCGGGAGCGGAGUGGACAGCCUACACUGACCCAGAAAGACUCAAUAGAGAAGAGGAGGGCAGCCAAGCAACAGAGUUAUGCACGCACCAGAAACCGGGUGAAAAUGCCGAUCGCUGAUGUUGAUAUCUGGGCAGCAGAGCAGCUAACUGACAGUAAACCAGAUGAUGACCACUUUCUCACAGUUACCAAAAAAAAGAGAGUAAAGGCCCCUGCACGCCUGACAAAGUCGGUGUCAGAUGUGCCAGCAGUGGAGACCCCCCACCCUGGGGCUUCCUACAACCCAGCGUUCGAUGAAUAUCAGGCUCUCCUGAAGAAGGCCAACAGUCGCGAGAUGGGACGGCAACGGGAUGAGGAACGAAUAAAACGAGCCCUUGAUGAGAAAUUCCCUGACGCAAGUGAGGCACCAACAGAGGUGACAACUCUCCAGGAGAUGUCAGCGGGGCUGUUUGAGGGUGUUGACAGUGAUGAGGAGACCCCUGACCCCGAUAUUUCUAACCUGUCUGUCAACCCACCGAUCCGUAGAGAACACAAGAAAGAUGAACGACGGAGGAAAAAAGAGAAAGCAAGAAAACAGAAGCUCAAAGAAAAGGAAAAUCUUAAGGAAAAGAGGAAGAAAGAUAACAACAUUUUCAGGUUGAAGUCCAUCAAGGCAGAAAUACGAAAAGAGACUGAGGAGGCUGGGAAGAAGGCAGAGGAGCGGGCAGAGAAACGAACGCGUGAUGGGAUGCGGACACGCCGCCUUGCUAAAACAAAGUUUGAGGAGCCGGAUAUGGAGGUGAAGUUGAGUGACGAGCUGGUGGGAUCUCUCCGCGAACUGCGGCCAGAGGGUCACUUGCUGAUCGACAGGUUCCAAAGUUUGAUGAAGCGGAACAAGCUGGAGCCGCGUGGAGCUCCUGGCAGAAAGCAGAAGCGAAAGUACAAACCUAAAGUGUUUGAGAAGAAAUCUCACAAGGAUGUUAAGUGACCAGACUGUCUACGCUGUCUUCUGUAUUGUUGCUGUUUGUGUAUAAUAAAUGAUAAAAGAAAAUAAACAGUUAUUUCAG